CAGAGCGGUAGGCGGAGCGGGGAAGCCUCCUGGGCAGGGCGGAGCGGAGGCCGGCCCCGCCGUGUCAUAGCGGCCCCGCCGGGCCGGGAGGCGAUCGCUAUGGAAACCCAGGCCCCGGUCCCGCCCAUGCCCCCCGGGGAGAGCGGCGGUGGGGCGUGGGUGCCGCCGGGAGCCCGGCCGGAGCGGCGGCUGGGCCGCUGGGAGGCGGCACCCGCCGCGGUGGCUCCCGCCCCGGGCACCGCCAGGUAGAGCGCGGGGCGGGGGCGCUUCCCGGACCGGGGAGGAAGGGGGGGGGGGCGGGCGGGGCGGGGCGUGCGGCGCGCAGGCCGGGCCCGCUCCCCCGCCGCAGCCCGGCCGCCCACCUGGUGCCAGGUGCCCGCCCGCCAUUUUCUCCCGGAGCCCCGGCGCCCACCGCCCCGCGCCGUGUCCCGCGGCUGCCCGGCGGCCCCCCGCGGCAGCGGAGGGGAGCUCAGAUCAGCUCAGCUCGCCAGGGCGGGGCUUGUUUCUCGUCCCCGAUCCUCACGGAGAGGCCCUGACGUGUUGCCAUGGCCGAGGGAGCCGCGGAGGCGGCGUGCUUCAGCGAGGAUGAUUUUUACUGUCCCGUCUGCCAGGAGGUGUUCAAGACGCCCGUGAGGACCGCGAACUGCCAGCACGUGUUUUGCAGGAAGUGCUUCUUGACAGCUAUCAGAGAAAGUGGAACACAUUGUCCUCUCUGCCGGGGGAGCGUGACUAAAAAAGAAAGAACAUAUCCCAAAAGGGCUCUAGAUGUUGAAAACAGUAUGAAGAAAGCUUCUGGGGGCUGUAGAUGCUGUGAGAAGCAGGUUAGAUUUUCGUGGAUGAGACAGCAUUAUAAAACGUGUAAGAAGUAUCAGGAUGAAUAUGGUGUUUCUUCUAUUAUUCCAAACUUACAGAUUUCCCAGGAUUCGACAGGGAACAGCAGGAAUGAUGCAAUAUCUGAUAAUGGCGAGGUGGCUAAUAAUCAAAUACUUCAAGGAGAAACAAGUGGACACCCAACCUUCAAAUGCCCCCUGUGUCAGGAAGCCAAUUUUACCAGACAACGCUUGCUGGAUCACUGUAAUAAUAGACAUCUUUAUCAGAUAGUUCCUGUAAUCUGUCCUAUUUGUGUAUCUCUUCCUUGGGCAGAUACUAACCAGGUUACUAGAAAUCUUGUUAGCCAUCUAAAUCUAAGACACCGGUUUGACUACGGAGAAUUUGUGAAUCUUCAGCUUGAUGAAGAAGCCCAAUACCAAAAUGCAGUUCAAGAAUCCUGUCAUGUGAACUUUUAAAGUAUAGCCCCCCUUCAUCUUACUGAUUAUUUGAGAGAAAAAUAACAUUAAUUCUGUUGGUGAUUUGAAGUGUAUAUUAAUAAAAAUGGUAUUCAGUAA